UCUUCGCUGAUGUUUCUUUGAGCAGCGAUGUCUUCUCUUUGCUUUCCUUUCUUCAGCUGAACAACACAUUGUCUCAAGUGUCCACCUGUGCGUGGAGAGAUUUUCUGCCUAUGCAAUACUUAAUCCUCCUGAUCAACGUCUUUUCUCCAUCCUCCAACCAAGUCGCAGCUUCACUUGGUUACCUGCAAGCAACAACAGCAGCAAUGUCUCAUCCUCAAGAUAUCGACAUGCCUGACUAUGAUUACGCUUUCGACAACACUCGUGCCGUUGCUCUAGCUGAAGGCGUUGGUGGUGAUACCGAUGACGACACCGACAUGAGCGAGUCUCCAGAGUCCAGCACCUCGAGUCCGACUGGUCCACUCAGUCCUCCUGCUGAUCCUGUUCUACCUCUCUACAACAGCAAUCCUCCUCAUAGUUUUGACAUUCCCGCAAACCACCUGAUUGACCUCACGAGCGAACUGACAAGACCAGGUGGUCCUCUUCCAAUUCUCGGCCCCUACUUCGAUAUUGACAUUCAACAAACUCUCAACAUGAUGUCCCAAAGGCUCCAGCAGAACGGUCAACGUUUCUACCGCCUCAAAUACGCUAUCAACUACCUCUCUCAAGGCUUCUACUCUACUUGCAAGUACCCUGGUUGCACCUCGAGAUGCAGAAUCGUCGACCACGAGCUCAACAUUCUCACUUGGAAAUCCCUCCAAUCCGGCGGUGAAAACUACUUGCGCUACGUUACCAGUGACAAGGAGCACGCUGCCUUCCUCUCUGUGUCCUGCUCUCAUGACGAUUGGACACCUUCGUUCAUGUGGAAGACUAGAGUGGUUGGCUUCAUGCCUGAUCCUGUCGCCGAGACUCAAAUUUUUGAGCGUUGGACCACGCCUGCUUACUUUUACAACAGACAUCGUGAUUCAGAAAGCUUCCCAGUGGUUAGGUUUUUGCUGUCGCCGGCGACACUUGUGUUUUUACCAUGGAUUGUAGCUUUCAUCCUGCUACACGGCGUUGGCGUUUGAUAUUUCAUUCUUGAUCUGCACGGCGUUGGUAUCUAAAAUCAAUAUUAUCAAUACAGGACUGGUUCCUAAUUCACUCCUUCUAUUCUUCCCCUUGAACCAUUUGAUGUGCCUUUUAAUUGUGUCUAUGUGAUUCUCUCGUGACUUUCCCAUUCUGUGUCAUCCUAUUCGACAUACGAGUGCAUGUCGUAGCUUAUGAAAGGAGCAUAUCGGUUCGCUCCUUCUCCGUUCUGCUAGUCGAUGGUUUUCGUUCCACAUGUA